CGGAUGUGUGUCUCAUCCCCUGAUGCUCCCAGCAGCACCUGUCGUCCCAACAUCCUUUGCGUGUCCAAUAUGGAGGAACUGGCGGUGGAGGUCCGCGGCUCCAACGGGGCUUAUUACAAGGGCCUUGUCAAAGAUAUCCACGAUGAUUCUCUCACCAUUGCCUUUGAGAACAAUUGGCAGCCAGAACGCCAGGUGCCCUUCAGUGAUGUCAGGUUGCCCCCACCCACCGACGCCAAGAAGGAGAUUGGAGAGGGCGAGGAGGUGGAGAUCCUCUCCAGAGCAAAUGAUCAGGAGCCCUGUGGUUGGUGGCUGGCUAAAGUUUGCAUGAUGAAGGGAGACUUCUAUGUGAUUGAGUACGCAGCAUUCGAUGCCACCUACAACGAGAUUGUGACCUUUGAGCGUGUGCGUCCCGUCAACACCAACAAGGCCAUCACCAAGAACUCCUUUUACAAGUGCUCAGUCCCGGUUUCUCAGGACCUACAAGAAGCGUGCCAGAUAGAGAACGCCCAUAAGGACUUCAAGAAAGCCGUGGGAGCCUGUCGCAUCUCUUACUGCCCAGAGACCAGCCAACUAGUGAUUGUGUCCACCAAUGAGACAACAGUGAAGCGUGUGUCUUUGCUGAGUGACAUGCACCUGCGCAGUCUCAGGACCAAGCUGCUUCUGAUGUCACGCAACCAGGAAGCUACAAAACACCUGGAGAGCUCCAGGCAGCUGGUGUCGUCCUUCCAGGAGGAGUUCGUCGUGAGAAUGGAUCUGAUGGGUCUGGCCAUCGGCAGCCACGGCAGCAACAUCCAGCAAGCUCGGAAAGUUCCCGGUGUCACUGCCAUCGAACUGGAUGAGGAGACUGGCACUUUCAGGAUUUAUGGGGAGAAUGCGGAGGCGGUGAAGAAGGCCAGGGGCUUCCUGGAGUUUCUGGAGGAUUCUGUCCAGGUGCCAAGGAACUUCGUUGGCAAAGUGAUCGGUAAGAACGGCAAAGUCAUCCAGGAGAUUGUGGACAAGUCUGGUGUGGUGAGGGUGAGGAUAGAAGGAGACAAUGACAACAAGCAGCCCCGACAGGAAUUGACACAGGGAAUGGUCCCCUUCACCUUUGUUGGUACUAAGGAGAGUAUUGGCAAUGUUCAGGUCUUGCUGGAGUACCACAUCUCUUACCUCAAUGACAUAGUGGAGCUUCUUACCGAGGGCCAGCGACUCGAGGAAGAGCUGAGGCUGAAUCUGGAUUUUACACAGGGAACCAGCCUAGCAAGAUUCAGAAUAAGCAACAGCAUGCACACUGGAUGUGAUAUAGAUGAGGUUGAGCAGCUUCGUCUGGAGAGGAUGCAGAUUGACGAGCAGUUGCGUCAGAUCACCCAGGGUUACCGACCCACUGACAGGGAGAGAGGAGAGAGAGGGGACAGAGGAGAGAGGGGGGACAGAGGAGAGAGAGGGGACAGAGGAGAGGGCAGCUCCAAUGCCUCCUCGUCCUCCUUACAUGCCGGACGCUCCUACAACAGUCGUGGCCGUGGACGCAGAGGCCACAGCUACAGCACUGGAUAUGGUACCAACUCAGAGCAGUCCAACGCCUCUGAGACCGAUUCAGAGCGUAAGGAGGAACUCAGUGACUGGUCCCUGGCUGGGGAGGACCAGGACAGGGACAGGGAGAGAGGUCAGCGGCCACAGAGAGAUGGUCGUCGGAGGCCGGGACCCGGCAGAGGCCGUGGAGGAAGAGGAAGAGGAGGAAGAGGAUACAGCAACAGUUAUGCAGGACCCCAGGGCCACGAGGAUAACAAUGCCUACGGAGUCCUGGAGACAAACACUGAGACCGACCACACAGCCGAUACCGAUGCCAGCGAGUCAAACUUGCCCACAAAUCGCCGCAGAAGGUCUCGGCGACGCAGAACCGACGAGGACGCCACACUGAUGGACGGCAUGAGCGAGUCGGACAACGCCUCAAUGAGUGAAAAUGGAAUAGAUGACCCGGAAGCUAAAUCUCAGCGUCGCAACCGUAGUCGACGUCGCCGCAUCCGCCUGCCUGAGGAGAGGCAGCCAGUGACUGUGGCUGACUACAUAUCCAGGGCUGAGUCUCAGAGCAGACAGACGACGUCCAGCGACCCCAAGAAAAACAAGGAUGUGGCUCAGGUGGAAACCAUCGCUGAGCACAGCCCCCCGUCUCCCCCGGCAACCACCAAUGGCUCCAACGACAGCAACGCCGCUGCUGUCGGCGAGGGCGGCGGCGGCGGCAGCAGCAGCAAAGCUCCCAGGUCUCCCAGUGAGAGGCCUGCCAAAGUGUCCUACGAGGACUCAAACCCACAGCCCGUUGUUAACGGACUCUCCUAGUCAGACAGCAUCAAAGGAAAUGGUUUCAAAUAUUUGAACAUGUUUGGCUGCGCUGAAUUUAAUCUCACUGUCUCUCGGAGCAGCCCUCGUCUAAAUACAAAAAGCACUGUUCUUUUUUUUUUUUUUUUACGUUACGAAUAUUUGAAACCUGUUUCACUGUGCAAGUUUUAGAGGUCUAACCCUAAACCCCAUUUUACAUGUGUUCUGUUCCAACUAUCCACUUUACUACAUUUUUUUUACAAUAGUUCUUCCUGUAUGAGCUUGCCAAAGAUAGUCAAACACACUCAGACGUACAUACAUCUCUAUUCAACUGUACCUCUCGGUCCACUCUUCAUUGAGAGCUCAGGGGGAGGUCGGACUGAAUGCAGUAUUUGUAAAAAAAAAAAAACGCAGACAGGGAUUCCAUUCGAACCCAUUACUGUGGUAUGACUUGAGCAGUUGUGUUUUUAUCGGUAUAAACAACAUCAUAGCAGGGUUUUAGAAUAAGAUAUAUAUAUGCCUUUUAACAGGCAGAUGCAGAGAGAAGCUUCCACACCCUUCUUCAGGAUGUUUUGAUGAAAAGUUGUUUGUGACUCCGGCGUUCUGCGCGAGCAGCGCCGCGGUGCACACUCGUUUGUCGGAAACCCCAAGUAUGUCUGACAUACAUGUGAUCAGCUGUUGUGCCUUGAGAGUAGAUUCAACAUGUCGUUGCCUGGCUCUGCACACCAUCUGAGAUCCGCUCGCUCAUUUCCGUGUCACUCGGUCGCCUCCACCUGUUCCCAGCGGAACCAGAGCAGCUGUCUCCUUUGUGCUUCAUGUACUGGCACUGUCGGCAGGUGCAGGCCAACACUGAGACCCUGAUAGGAUUUCAGAGGCAUAUCUUUUUUAAUUCAGAUGUGUCUAUUCUUAAUGUUUGUGGGGCAAAUGAGUCCAGUUAUCUGAGUUUGACAUUAGCUGCUUUGUUUUUCAAUAUGCAACCACUUUGGUCAUAGAAGAGAUGUUACUACAGAGUGUCUGGAAAAGAGAAACAAUGGAGGAGUUGUUUUCUUUGCACUGAAACUUAACCUUUUUCUUUGUUUAAAAAAAAGUUGAUUGUAGUCGAGUCUGGAAAGUCACCUGUUACUGUUUCGUGCUGGACAGAGAUGUAGCCUCGGUGCUUGGUUUCCUGGAAACAUCUCAUUGUUUAACAUCUGCGUUUUCAUCAAAUAUGAAAUUAUACUGUUUGAGAUGAACAGAUUCAAAGCACAUUGUUUUAUCCUUUGAGAUUUCCCCUCUUCCAUGCCCACUGAAACAGAAGUCCUGUUGCAGCAGCGAGAACCAGACGAGCCUGGUGUUGAGAUGUUUCUGGAAAACCAAGCCAAUGUGACGACGAAGUCAUUUUCAGGAUUCUUCCACAGACCAACUGGUUGGAAACUUGUAAUGACUGUUCUAUUUAGGAAGGAGAUUUAUUUGGUUUAUUUAUUUAAAAAGUGUACAGUAUUUAAAAAAAACAAAAGAAAAAAAAUAAGAGAAGCUCUUCUUUUUCUUGACACAACAUGUUGCAGAGGGGUUAUUUUGGAGACACAAGACAAUUUGGACUACUGAGGGUUGUGACAUCCAGUAUGUUUUUUUUUUAAGGAUCAUUCUGGUUGGUUGAUGUGCAAUAUGUUUUGUAUGCAGGUAGUUCUUAAAUAAACUUGAUCUUCUGUAUAGAUCUAAAACCCGA